AUGGCAACCGUCAACUCAGUCGAAAUAUCAGCAACCACGAACCCUGGGUACAUCCACGCGGAAAAUGUGUCGCAAGAAUCUGCAGAGAAAGUGUCCCAACUCCUUAUAGAAAACCACGACAAAUUCCACGUCUUUUUCGACUAUCGCGAACUACACAACCACUGUCUCCACCACCUCCUCGCAAUAUACGCCCUCGGCGCCACACCAGCCGACCUACAAGCUGCCUGGGACAGAAAUAUGACCUAUCAACUUCCAAAAGUACUCCCCAAACCACACGAAUUCAAGUUUGACUUGAGCGAAACCGAGGUAUUUCUGAAGUGUAUGACCAAGCCAGCAUACUACAUUCACUUUUUGGAUUUCUUCAAGCGGGAGAUUGCGUCCAAAGGGAUGGGGGAGGCCAUGAAAGAAUAUGUUUUCAAGGGUGAUGAGAGGGCAAAUAGGAUGCUUACGAGGCUUUAUGAUGGUGUUUUGCAUGGAUUGAUGCAUGUUGGAUACGCAUUCGAGUUUGAACAGCCACUCAUCCUCGCCGAAGCCCUGGCUGAAGCAGCCAUUACCACCGAAUAUCUCGAUCGCAUCAUCGAAGAUGUCGUAGAGUAUAGAGAAAACAACAAAAACGUCCCAGACACCAAUCUCAUGUCGAUCUAUCCCCGCCUCCGCGCCGAUCCAACAAUCUAUCAUGCCGUCAGAUCGACCGACGGUCCCAACAAAUUACGAGACGGCCUCAUAGCCCGCGCCAAACAAAACAUGAUUCCCUAUCUAGCCGAAUUCGGCGUAAAACCACGUCAAAUAAAACGCAAAACCGCCGAAUUGGCCAAUACAGGUCUCUUCGUCGCGGCAGCAGCGCAAAAGCCACGAAAGCUGGAGAUGAUUGACUUCUUUCUCUUGCAUUCUGUCAAUUCAUCUCUUUGGAUGUCGGUGCUGAUUGAGCAGAAGUGGAUGACGAACGAGAUGAAGUGCAGGUUACUAGAGAUCAAGGGAUGGUCUGAUCUUAUUACCUAUGCCUGCUGCAAAGUGCCCGCUUUGUAUCCUGAGCGAAUAUUUAAUUACACGCCCAAACAGCCUGGUGACUGGGAGAGUGUAUUCCGACGUGCUGUCGUGUACAAUGACGAUGGACACGUUCCGAAAUUCAUCCGCGCGACUCGUUAUGUAGAGCAAGUCUCGCAAGAGUAUGCGGGACAGCCCGAAUUCCCGCUGCGGCCGGAGCUGUGUCUGACGGUCGCACACAUGGCUAUGGACUCGGUCGAUAGACAAAAUGAACCUGGUUACCAAUUGCCGGCAGAGGCCAAGUUUUAUGAGAUGGCAGAUAUGGAGGUGCAGCGAUUGAUCUUCCGGUUUGUAAGGUUUGGCGGGUUGGAUGAUGCUUGGGAUCAUGUGCCUGAUAUAGCGGCUGCGCCGAACUUGUGA